AUGCCUGUAGAUACCAUUGUAUACAGCGUCUUCGCCGUCGGGGCGGUCUAUCUGGCUAGUCGCGCGCUCUAUGAGCUGUGCUGGUCUCCGCUGGCCCAUAUCCCGGGCCCGAAGCUGGCUGCCUGCACGCGUCUAUAUGAAUUCUUCUAUGACGUGAUUUGUCAUGGACAAUACACCUUCAAGAUAGCGGAGCUGCAUAAAAUUUAUGGUCCCGUCAUUCGCAUCAGUCCACGUGAAAUUCAUAUUCACGACCCGGACUAUUACGAGACGGUAUAUUCGACCAACGAGCCCCGCAAUAAGGACCCUUGGUUCACUUCACAUUUUGGUGUCGAUGAAUCGGCCUUCUCCGCCCUCGAUCAUCGACUGCAUCGACCGCGACGUGCCUUAACGGCGUCCUACUUUGCCAAAGCCCGCAUUGACCGGAUUCAGCCUUUGAUACGGAGGAAUCUCACCAAGCUCAUCAGUCAGUUAGAUGCAUAUGCACACUCUGGGAAACAUCUCAAGGUGGAAGUGCCUUACAGUUGUUUUACGGUCGAUGUAAUUACCGAGUAUACCAGCUACCGUUCCUUUGGAUACCUGGACACUACCGAGAUGGUACCCAUGUACCAGACGAUCCGCGAUAUGGUCGAGAUUGGUAUGUUAUCACGUCACUUGCCUGGUUUCUUCCACCUACUGGCUCAGACUGGUGCGCGCUGUAUCGCGGCAGUGUAUCCCAAACUGCUGCCAGUCAUGGAAUUCCGGAUGAAAUGCGUCCAGGAGGUAGUAUUUAUGUGGAAUCAGUCCAAGCAGUCAAAGAUGCACGUCAGCCACACCGAAAACUCAGAACCAGCUGUCCUCCCGGAGCUGAUAAGUCGGGCUCCUUCGAAUCCGGAUAUCACAGAAGAGCGCGUGUUGCAUGAAUUCAUCACCAUGGUAGCAGCGGGGACCGAGACCACGGCGCACACACUGACGGUGUGCACUUUCCAUGUUCUUAAUAACGAACAUAUCUUGCGCAAGCUACGCGUGGAGUUGGAUAAUACGUUUUCGCGGGACGUCGAAUUGGAUCUGCAGACCCUCGAACAGCUCCCGUAUUUGACGGGCAUAAUUUACGAAAGUCUACGACUUUCAUAUGGGUUUCCUCAUAGGCUACAACGAAUCAGUCCCAUCGAGCCGCUCAAAUACAAAGAUAUUGUUAUCCCUCCCAACACUUCUGUUAGCAUGUCCUCCGCUUUGAUGCAUCAUGACGAGAGAGUUUUCCCGCAGUCACACGAGUUUAUCCCAGAGAGAUGGACUAAGCUAAACGAGAGGAAGAGGCUGAACAGAUACCUGGUCUCGUUUAGCAAGGGAUCUCGGCAGUGUAUUGGGAUAAACCUGGCUUUUGCAGAGUUGUAUCUGGCCGUGGCCACGGUCUUUCGGCGGUACGACAUGAAGUUAUACGAUACUACAUUGGACGAUGUACGAUUGCAUAGUGACAUGAUUCUUCCCCAUGCAAAAAAGGGCAGUAAAGGGGUCCGUGUGAUUCUGAGAAGGCUUAGAUCGUAA